AUGAAGGAUUUCUCGAAUUUUAUUAAUUCUUCUUCUUUGUUCGAAGUUCCUUUACAAGGGCGUUUCUUCACUUGGUAUAACAAAUUGUCGCGGUCGAAAAUUGAUAGGUGUUUUGUUUCAUAUAGUUCCCUUAACAUUUGGCCGAAGCUUUCUCUUAAGGCUUUAGCGAGAUUGUUUUUGGAUCAUGCUGUUAUCUCUGAAUCUAUUGCUAAAAGAAAUCUUGUUGCUAAGUUGAAAGAAUUAAGAUCGUUGGGGGCUGUCCAGAAAUCAAUUACUGAUUUGGAUUAUACUGCUGAUGCUCGGCCUUUGGAUGAUUCGGAGCUGACAUUAUUAUCUUCUCUUCAUGUUGAAUUCGAUAAGGUAUCGCGGCAACUUGAUUCAUUGUGGCUUCAGAAAUCUAGAUUAAACUGGAAUCAGUUUGGGGAAAGGAAUACAAAGUAUUAUCAUUCGAUAGCCACUAUUCGGUCUAGAUCUAAUCUUAUCUCAGAAAUUUGGGUUAAUAAUGUUCUUUACUCGGAUUCGGAUGAUAUUAAGAAGCAUGUUCAUUCUUUCUAUAAGAAUGUAUCAAGCAAAAGAAGCACAACCCACCUUUUUGCCAAUUGA